UUUACGUGAGUUUUGAGCAGAGAUUUUGAGUCAGUCGAGUGCCUCCAUGACAAAAGUUGCGUGUUUUUGAGUAUUGUAAUCGCGUCGCGUUCUGUUGUUGGGAUGUGCUCCAAAUUCUGAAUCAGCAAUACUUAGAAUAAUCGAUAAUGGGUGCAUCACUUAGUUAAAAACCAGAUCCAGUGUGUAAUACUUUCGUGUCUAAAGAUUUGCAUCUAAUGGACUCUUUGAGUUCGUCGUUCUUGAGUACUGCGAGCAAAGAUCCUUCAAACGUGACAGGGAGUUCAAUCAGCAACGAGGUAGCUUGUGGAGUCAUUCACUCUAGCCAUAUUAGCCAGCCCGAACAACUGCAGCAGGAGCAGCAGGUAGCCACCGUUGACAAUACUGUUAGUCAGGUUGCUGCUUUAAAUGCCGUCGAGAAGGGUAAAAGAAAUAAGUCAGGAGGCGGUCCACCAGUUAUCGUCGACAAUCACAAUAACACCACUGCUAUCGCUACCACUACCAGUACAACUGCCAUUAUCACAACAACAAAAACAAAAACAAAAACAACUACCCUGUCGUCAUCUUCAAAAUCUUCUUCCUCAAAAAUGUCGAAUCGAGCAGGUUUAAAUUUUAUCGUCGGCUCGAAGCUCGAGGCCAAGGACUUCAACGAGAAGUGGUACUCGGCCAAGGUCGUCGAGACUGACUGGUCGGAGCGGGAGGUGCUCAUCCACUUCGAGAAGUGGAAUUCCCGUUACGACGAGUGGAUACCCAUGGAUAGUUCGAGGCUUCGGGUGCUCCAGACCAAUCCCAGAGACGCCAAGUCAAAGGAGUUUACUGUCGGUGAAAGAAUACUGGCUACCUGGGCAGAUGGAAAAAAGUACCCCGCGAAGGUUAACGCUGCGCUCGGCAACGAUAAGUAUGACGUACUCUUUGACGAUGGCUAUUCCAAACAUUUAAAGAGCUCAAAGAUGACCAAAAUUGUAGAGUUUGCCGUCGCAGCCGAAAAAUUUGACGAGCAGGAGCAAACGGAGCUGCAGCAGCAGCAACAGCAGCAGAACACUUAUGUGGGUAGUAAGCAGGAGAGAAGAGAUAAAAAGAGAAAGCACACUGUUACAGAACUGUUUCAACACAAGAAAAAGACUAAAAGUGAGAGUGAUAAGACUGUCAAAAGGCAGGAUCUGAAUAGUGCAAAAAGUGGGGCAAAAGUGGAUCAUCACACAGUUGGUGCAUUAGUUGUUGAGCCAAAUCUUGCCACAGAAGUGCACCAGAAUGUCGUUGCUCCAGGUAAUGCAGAGGAUGAUUAUGCCACUUACAUUGGGGACUUGAGAGUGGAGAUUGAGGAUAGUAUGUACAAGUGUCCAAUAGCAGGAUGCAACAAAAAUUUCAGGAAAGAAAAUUUGUUGCAAAUGCACAUAAAGCACUAUCAUCCAGAAUACUCCAAGUACUUGGGCUCAACACCAAACGUUGCUGAUUUAGCAUAUGCCAGAACGAUAGGUGAAUCAGUUGAAGAUGUUUUACCAAAGAAGUCAAGGGCACCUCCAAUUCAAGUAAAUCAAACUGUCUAUGCUUCUCCGUCAAUUCCUCAUGUUCCUGAAACAGAGCUCAGUCAAGUAGAUGCGGACAACAAACUUGAUAGUAAGCAUUACUUGGAAAAUAAUACAAGUCUCACUGAAGAUAACUCUUCGGAGCAAAGCAAUAGUUGUACCAUGUCGCCAGGUACUCUGUUUGACAUGCGUUAUAAAGAGGAGAGAACGCACACUGGUAUAAAAACACUACCUCCUGUUAGACAUAUCACAUCAGCAAUCCUGGAUGACAGUGAGCAUUCUCAGUACUCAGGGGUGCCGAUUGAUCAAAAGUCUAGCGAAAAGCCUAAACCUCAGCGAAAAAGACAACACAGUGAAUCAGCAAGCAAGAACAAGAGACAACAAAAAAGUAUUUCUGAACACGAAGAGAGUAACGACCACUUUGAGGAUACCAUCUUGGAUGGUGAUGACACAAUCGACUCAAGUUACAAGUGUAGUAAUAUUAGUAAUAACAAGUCGGAACUCGACAAUGCAGAUAGUAUGCAGAGUCAGGCUGAAAAUGUUAUAAUAAUUGACGGUGAAGUUGUGAAAGUGGAAAAACUACGCCGAGAAGAAAUAAUAAACUGUAUAUGUGGUAUUACAGAAGAAGAUGGACUGAUGAUACAAUGUGAUUUGUGUUUAUGUUGGCAACACGGUAUCUGCAAUAGCAUCGAAAAAGAGAAGGAUGUUCCUGAAAAAUAUGUAUGCUACAUAUGUCAGAAUUCACUGCGACAGAGGCCUUCGAAAAAGUACAUUCAUGAUCAGGACUGGAUUCGCGAAGGAAAAUUACCAACUAUGCAAACCUCUACUGAUGUGCUGAAAGGGAACGAAAAAGCUGCCAUGUUAAAAAGAUCUUAUGAUCUUAUUACCGGACUUAUGCAGAUGCAAGAUAUACUUCACAGUUUGAGGGUUAAAAUAAACAUAUCUCAAAGUAAAGAUCACCCAAAGCUCUAUCUUUGGGCGAAAAAUUGGAGUAAAGUCGAAAUUCCAACGUUCCCUCUUGAUCCAGUACCAAUAAUGGAAGUGAUAAAAGCUGAAAAUCCCAGUGAUACGCUUGACAAAACUAUUCACGACAAGUUAGACUUUUCAUUUUCCAUAAAAACUGAACCCGAUCAGAAAUCAAUCACAUCUGACACAGAAUUGAUGAGUAUUUUAGAAGAUGGUUCUCACAAUGAGAAAUCAAAAUUUAACGUGAAAUCGACUUCACCUGUCAACAAAGAUGACGGUCAGAUUUCAACUUGUGCUCCAAAUACGAAUGAAAUCAAGGAAGAAAAAGGCCAGCAGACACUACAAAUAAAACAAGAAAUCUGUUACGACUCUCCUACAAACCACAACUUGAGCUUUAAUAACACCGACAAAACAAUGUCAUUUACUGCCACAUCCGAGGUAGGAGGUACAACAGUAAAUGCGCUGCAACGACCAGUGAUUCCCGAACCAGAGGCUCCAAUUGAUCCAGUUGAUUGUAAGUUGCGACUUUUGGAGCACAUCGAGCAUUAUCAAAAUUAUGUGGAAAAGGCGCUUACUUUUGUGGAGAAUCAGUUGAGUGCCUUAGAAGAUAUGAACAAUGAUGAUAAGCGAGAUACCAGCAAAGACGUCAGGACUAAACAAACUACUCAAAUGAUUCUUCGUGAUUUAGAGUCCAUGCGAAAAAUGGCUGCUCUGUCUAAAAUGAAUCAAGUUUAGCUGGGAUCUCUCGGUUGCUUCUUGUUAUAGUGUAAAUACAUAAUUAUUUUCAAUCCAAACCAAGUCGUCAUUGAAAUUUUGUGAGAAAAAAUAAAUGUAGCAGAGUUUUUAUAUUGUGCA